UGUCUUUCUGACAGUGGAAAAUGACAGAAGAAAAAAGUGAGAAAUAAAGAACUGAGAAUAGGAAUAAAGAAAUAUACACAAAACAAUUCAAUUAUUCAAAGUAGAAAGAAAACGAAAUGGAAGUGGUACGGUCAGCGAUAACUUGUCUAACCAAUUGUUUUACUUGCAAGGAGGACGUUAUUAGCCAGGGAGAACCACAUGAACGAACACAUUUAUUAGCUGAUCCAGUCAGCAACAAUAGCCUAGCGAUACGACAAACCACUAGCGACGACUUAUUAAGCGAAUAUCCGAGCUCAUUGCCGGGUAAAGAUGUCCAAACGGCACUGAAUCGAAUCGUGCAAGAUAAUGCGACUAAUAUCAUCGAUGUAGCCGCUAUGGAUUCACACAAUUUACAACCGCAAGAACUAAACAAUCGCAUCAAAAUCUAUUCACAAAAGCUGGCGCAACAGUGGAGUAGUAUAAAUGAUGCAUCGAAUUUGCCAAGUGGACUGUUAAAAGAUGUCCCAAAUCCUGAGAUUCUGUUGUCAUCGACACCAGUGGCGGCUGUCGAUUUGAAUAUGAUGCGAACAUUCAGUCAUCAAGCAGCGACGGCUAUAAAUGAUAUUAAGAUCGAACACAAAGAAGAUUUGGUCGUGCCUUUCGAUUUUCAAGUACAAUAAAGUUUCGGGCGAAAGAGAUUUUGGAGCGAUGAUGAUGCGGGGUGCGGUGGUAUAUUGUCUAAAAAGGACUAAAUGUAAAGAAGCAGAAAUGGUUAUUUCGUUGAUUGUUCGAUUGAAAAUAUUCAUUUAAACAGUGAUCGUACGUAUUUUUUAUAUUAUAUCAUUUAAAUGUAUGACUGGUGAGAUAUGUUGCAUAGAGGCAAUGUGGAGGAUUUCCUAACGAUUCGAGAGAGUAGUUUUAGGCGAAUGAAAAGUUAAAAAAAAUUGUAUCCAGAAGUAUCUUGCGAGUAUACAGAGAGAAAAAUGUCAAAAAUGUCAAAUAUAUAUUUUCCAAAAAUAUU